UCAUAAUUACCACUCUGUGUUGUUGCUCCCUUUCACUUGUACACAGGGCUGCCGGAGAGAUAGCACCAUACCCUCAGUAGCAGGGCACUAUGCCUGGGAUACACUCACUGGAGGCACAGUAAGAGCAAUGAGGACAUUCAAGUGAUAGAAAAGCUGAUGGCAGGCUGUAACCUAGGUUGGUUUGAAAAUGCAAAGUAUUCAAGACCUAAACUGGUCGGGAAGGCGAAGACCCCAGACUGCAGUAUGGAAAAUCCCAAAGUCCGAUACCAGAAGGGAAAAAUACAGUCGAUCAGCUGGAGACAAUGGGAAAUUCAUUCAAAAUGAAAUGUCCAGCAGAUCCUCCUCCAACAGCUUUCAAUUCAAUGACUCUCCAGCAUUUAAACCAACAGAUGGAAGUCUUCCAUGCACUCAUAGCCCCAGAGACCACCUUAAGCCUAGCAAGUCAUUAGAUGUUUCUUCAGUAGAUGUACAUAGCAAUGUAAUUCCUAGGGGUCCAACCUACCUCACCUCUGUAGAGCUGAAGACACCAUGGUAUAUUGAAAUGCUGCAUGAAAAGGAAAAUUACCUGUUAAAGCUGGGCUCCGAGGUUAGUCGACUAUCAACAUAUGAAGUGGAAUGCAAAAGGAAGGAAGAGAUUAUUUCUAUCUUGAAGAAUGAAGUACAGCAACUCCAGCAUGAACUGGGCCUGACAAAUCCUCCACAGGACCGAAUGGAAAAGGAAGAUGGAGUCGGAGAGCAACACAAUGAAGUAACAGAUGAACUGGUACUUUCGGCAUCAAGAAAAAAAGAUGUAAUCAUUAGUCCAAGAGAAAAUGCCCAUUCAACGUCAUUAUCAGUUUGUAUGACUGACACACAACAAACAGCAAUGCUAUUGACACAGCUAGAUACAGAGAGCUUAGAUAAGAAGAGCAGUCCUGAAGAACAUAUGUUUCAAUCUGAAGUUACCCAGCAAGUCCAUGAUUGUGGUGAAGAAUAUUCUAUUGGCUCAGAUAACCAACCGCUGAUAAAUAGAUUAAUGGAUGAGCUGGACACUGUUAAGAAAGACUAUGAAAUGGCUAAAGGUGCUAAUAUGUCUCUGCAGAAACUUCUGUCCCAUCAGGAGUCCCAGCUCCGCAAAGCUCUAGAUGAACAAGAAAUUUUCCGGAAAGAAGCAAAAGAGAGGGAAAUGCAACUUCAAGCCAUGUCCUUAAAGUUUUCCAGCCUGAGAGAGGAACGAAAGCAUGAAGAAAUGAUGGCCACCAUGUCAAAGGAAAACUACAACAUAAGAGAGCUUGUGGCAGAAUUAAAGUCGGAGAUGAGCAAAAGAAACGACAUGAUUACUGAUUUAAAGCAUGAAGUUCAGAGACUACAGAGGCAGAGCACAGAUUUCCAGAUGCGACUGAAAAAAAGCGAGGAAGAAAAAGCCGACAUUCAGAGGAAGUCGGAGGAUUUGUUGUGCUCGAAUCAGCAGAUAAAAGUGUCCCUGGAAUGUCUCCAGUCUAGGUUUGAGAGAUUUCGUACCAAAAUAAUUCAAGCUACAUACAGCGCUCCGGGAGUUAAAUGUUCGCAGUUGGAAAUGACAGAUAAUGAAAUCCUAGAAGGCAUGCAGAGGAUUAUAACAGAACGAUCAGAUUUCCAUCAACAACUGAAGCAGAAAGGAGUUAAAGUCCCUUCUCUUUACAUGAAUGAGACCACUUCCCCAAAGCAGUCGGCCUCAAACACAAGGAGAAAACUUCAGUGAUACAAAUGUCCUUGUAACCCUCUGACUCGGGUCCCCACAGCUCUGGGUGUCAUUCCUAGUAAAUUCUGCUUUGUUGCUUUGUGAUCUAGGCUCUUGUACAUUAUUUGGUUCAAUUUGUUAAUCUUUUAUCUGUGAUGUUCUGAACUGCAAUUUCAUGUACCUACAAAUCAAAUCACAAGGUCUAGGGGUUUAUUUUAACAUGUACAUUUUUUAAAUAAAUGAACUUUUAUUUUUUGAUA